AUGGAGAUCACAAGUAGAGUCAUCAUGUUCCUCUUGCUGCCAAUCAACCUUGCUGUCGCCCAAAAUACUUCUAGAGAAGACGCAAAGGAACUCCAUGUUGGGGUUAUCCUUGACUUGGGGUCCAUUGUUGGCAAAAUGGCACGGACCAGCAUUUCACUAGCUAUGGAGGACUUCUAUGCUGUUCAUCAGAACUAUAGCACCAAGCUAGUCCUACACACCAGAGAUUCCAUGAGAGAUGAUGUCCGAGCUGCAUCUCAAGUUAUUAGCCUGUUGGAAAAUUACAAUGUGGAAGCCAUCAUUGGCCCUCAGAGAUCUUCGCAAGCCAUAUUUAUCUCGAAACUGGGAAAUAAAGGUCAUGUCCCGGUCAUAUCCUUCACGGCAACAAACCCAGCUCUAGCGUCUGGAAGUCUUCCAUAUUUUGUGCGUGCAACACUGAGUGACUCAGCACAGGUUAAUUGCAUUGCCUCCAUAGUUAAAGCCUAUGGGUGGAGAAAGGUGGUGACUGUAUAUGAAGACACCGACUAUGGGAGAGGCAUUAUACGAUACCUAGUUGAUGUCCUACAAGAAGUUGAUGCUCGUGUUCCCUACCAAAGCAUGAUCCCUCUGACAGCAACUAAUGAACAGAUUACCCUAGAACUCUAUAAGUUGAUGGCAAUGCAAACAACGGUCUUUGUUGUGCAUAUGUCAUUUACCUUAGCCUCGCUUGUCUUCAUCAAGGCAAAAGAAGUAGGGAUGAUGAACAAAGGAUAUGCAUGGAUCCUGACAGAUGGAGUAACCAAUCUCAUAGAAUCACUAAAUCCUUCUGUCCUAGAAUCACUGAAUGGUGCCAUAGGUGUUCAAGUUUAUGUUCCCAAAUCAAAGGAUCUCGAUGACUUCACCAUGAGAUGGAAUAUGAGGUUCCAAAUUGACAACCCAACUAAUAUACCAUCAAAAUUAAGCAUCUUUGGACUGUGGAGCUAUGAUACAAUCUGGGCAGUAGCACAGGCUGCAGAAAAAGUUGGACUUACAAAUGCCACAUUUAGAAAACCAGGUGUCACAAGAAACUCAACAAGCUUGGAAACCUUGGAAACGUCUAGUAAUGGUCCAGAACUAUUACAAGCAAUCCUGCAGAACAGAUUUAAAGGCCUUGGUGGCAAUUUUGACCUUUCAGAUAGGCAGCUGCAAAUUUCAACAUUUCGAAUAAUAAACGUGGUAGGAAAAGGAUGGAGGGAAAUUGGAUUCUGGACUGCACAAAAUGGAAUCUCACAACAAUUAAAUAAAACCACACCUGCAACAACAUUUCCGGGUUCAGCGUGGGAUCUUCAUCCUGUGAUCUGGCCAGGAGAGUCCAUAGAGGUACCCCGGGGUUAUGAAAUUCCUGUAAGCGGGAAGAAACUUCGAGUUGGUGUGUGCACAAGUGGAUAUCCGGAAUUUAUGAAGGUCGGAAAGGAUCAUAUAACAGGUGCAACUAAAGCAAGUGGUUUCUCAGUUGACGUAUUUGAAGAGACGGUUAAGAGACUUCCUUAUGCACUCCCUUACGAAUAUGUAAUAUUUAGUACUACGGAUGAUUCAAGUAGCGAAGAUUACAAUGAUUUUGUCUACCAAGUAUAUCUUAAGAUAUUUGAUAUAGUAAUUGGAGAUAUAACAAUAAGGUAUAAUCGAACUUUCUAUGUCGACUUCACUCUGCCAUACACAGAAACAGGAAUAGCAAUGGUUGUUCCAGUAAGGGAUAGCAUAAACAAGAACACAUGGAUUUUCUUGAAGCCACUAGCACCUGGCAUGUGGUUUGGAAGCGCUGUAUUCUUUAUCUACACAGAAGAGCUUGUGCAACGCUUUCUAUCCCGGAUAGUUUUGAUCGUUUGGCUAGUUUUUCUCAUGGUACUUACAUCAAGUUACACUGCGAGCUUGACAUCAAUGCUAACUGUGCAGCAGCUUCAGCCAACAGUAACAGAUGUGCAUGAACUCCUAAAAAGUGGAGAAUGCGUAGGACAUCACCGUGGCUCUUACGUCAAGGGACUUUUAGAAGAACUCGGUUUUGACAGGUCAAAGAUCAAGUCGUAUGAUUCCCCUGAUGAUUUUCACAAAGCACUUUCCCUAGGAAGCAACAAUGGUGGUAUCGCUGCUCUUGUCCAUGAGGUUCCAUACAUUAAACUAUUUCUGGCAAACCACUGCAAAGGGUACACAAUGGUGGGACCAAUCUAUGAGGCUGCAGGUUUUGGAUAUGCAUUAGCAAAGGGAAAUCCCCUACUUGGCGACAUCUCAAAGGCAAUUCUCAACGUAACAGGGGGUGAUACUAUGAUUCAACUUGAGAAAAAGUGGAUUGGAGAUCAAAACAAUUGCCAGAAUGCAGGCCCUCUCACUGGUUCAAGCACACUCACCUUUGCAAAUUUCAGGGGAUUAUUCAUCCUUACUGGAGUUGCUUCAACUUCUUCCCUUUUGAUAGCAUUUAUAAUCCAUUUCUACAAAAAGAGGCACAACUUAACAAAGAUGCCAGAUCAUAAGGAUCAACCAGAAGAAAGUGGAACUAACGAUAAAAACAGUGAGCCCCAAGAAGGAAGUCAAGGAGGGACAGUUGAACAAAAUGAACAACGAGCAGGCAGAGAGGAAAAUGGCCAACUAGAAGAGCAAGCCAGUUUAGAACUGGUAUCUGACACAAAUUCACAGACAAGCAUCGGUAUGCCCAAGCAGCCAAACAAUGGGUCAAUUGUCAUCUUCAGGGGUGAAAGAACUACUGGCCUGCAAGUGGAACUUGUCUGA